CAGAUUCCAGUUCCAGAUAUACACCUACUGUGUAAAUUCUACUCAGAUGCCACUUUAGACUGAGGGAGGAUUGCUGCGUAGUGGAUGCAAGUUCCUGUUUUGCAGAAAAUGUGCUCCUUCACAUUCAGAUUGGUGGAUGGUGGUCUCAUGUUCCUGCUCUUCAGUUUGACUAGGAUUUCUGCCCAGAGAGAAAUGUCCUUAAACCCCACUACAAUAGGUCAUUACACAGAAUCCCCAUGUCAACUAUUUGACAAGUAUGAAACUACUGUGACAGAGGGGGAGGCCCUUAGUUUGCCAGCCUACUAUGACCUGAGUGAGUUGGUUUGGGCCAGCGUGACUGAGUUUACCUGGUACAGAAACAGAACCCAAGAGCUCCCGUCCUCUAAGGAAGAGCGUGUGCAUCAUCAUGGACCGGUGCUCUUCUUCCUCCCCCUUUUAAUCAACGACUCUGAUCAGUACUACACCUACUGGAGAAAGGCAGCAGACACCUGCCUAAUUUUUGUGACAGAGGUGAUUGUGGUCAAAGCCCAACCGUUCGAUCAUUCAGUCCUGUUUAACGAUAUCUCAGAGUCAGCAGACAACAUUGCUAUCCCAUGUCCUGAACCCGUGGAAAAACUGUGCCGGGAUGGAAAAGAAAACUUAGCCUGGUAUAAGAAUUUCAGUCUCAUUCCAAACGAGUCUGAGAGAAAUCUGUGGGUCUAUGGCGCCUCCAAAGCAGAUGAGGGCAUCUAUACGUGUGUGUGCACGUGGGAGCACAAUGGGACGGUUCUCAACACUUCUGCAUCCAGGAGACUAAAGAUCCAAGCUCCCUCUGCCUCGCAUCCUCCUCAGAUCAACCUGCCUAGAAACGGAAGCACAGAGACCACUGACCUGUACACCAGUAAGAAGUUGAGGUGUGAAGCGUUUUGUGGGCAGAACAUUGAAGACAACUGUCACGUGUGGUGGGAGAUAAAUGGAGUGAAAGUGCGCUGGCAGCAGCAAGGCUACUCAGUGAACACCACCAGCGAGGUGGAGGUAUCUUCAAUGCGAAGUAUCUUCACAGCUAUCCUGACCAUAAACACAGUGACUAUGAGGGACCUCCAGUCAAAGUUCACAUGUGUUGCAAUGAACGACCAGAAAUGGGAUAAUGCAGUGGUUACUCUCAAGCUAAGAGGGUUUAUGUUUAUGGGUCUAUGUGUGGUGCUACUGCUCUUCUUCUUGCUAGCUGCUGUGGCUGUCAAAGUCUUUGACAUCGAUCUGGCGCUCCUCUUCCGUGGAGUUUUCAAAUGCUGUGGUCGAUCUGAGGAUGGGAAGGUCUAUGAUGCUUACGUUGUCUACCAGAUGGAUGGCGUAGACAAGGAAAGGGAGGAGAAAGUGUAUCACUUUGUAAGCAUUGUUCUGCCCACUGUCCUGGAGCAGAAGUGUGGCUUUAGACUCUUCAUCCACGGCAGAGACGACUUACCUGGAGAAGACCGUUUGGAGUUGGUGGAGGCCUGCAUACGGCUGAGCAGGAGGCUGAUUGUCAUCCUGACCCCCAGCUCAAGCACAUGGUCAGACUCAGGAGGUCAAAGCUCAUGUGGCCAAUGGGGCUGCUCGUCUUCGCUGACCACAGCAGAAGACUAUGACUGUCAGGUGGGACUCUACCAGGCUCUGGUCCACAGUGAGAUGAGCGUCAUCCUCAUCCAGCUGGGGGACAUGGGGGAGGGUGGCUACACACACCUGUCCCCUGGCCUGCAGCACCUGGUCCGCAAGAGUGCCCCCUUAAUCUGGCAGGAGGGAAGGCGUGGGUCGACGCUGCCCAACUCAAGCUUCUGGAAGAGGGUGCGUUACAUGAUGCCUUGGCCGCGCCACUCGACUAGUAUUGACAACCAGUUAAUAUGACUGUUCUAUGUGAACAAUCAGGUCUGAGGACUUGAAGUGCGUGUGGAGGUCUGGGUUCUCUGAAAAUCCUUAUUCCAUUCAUAGAAAUAUCAUUAAUUAUUCCAGUGCUGUGCAGAGAUAUACACAGGUUAGCUGAGAACGUCUCAAAAACGAUGUGUACAAUGUGGCAGAAGGCCGUGUGUUGUUGUGAUUCUGGAUGGCUCGCAACAAUGACAAGAAACUGCCAGGAGGUUAGAAAGUGCAGCUCAGUUUCCACCUCAUUUUGUGGGCAGUGUGCACAUAGCCUGUCACAUAGCCUGUCUUCUCUUGAGAGCCAUGUCUGCCUACGGCGGCCUUUCUCAAUAGCAAGGCUAUGCUCACUAAGUCUGUACAUAGUCAAAGCUUUCCUUAAGUUUGGGUCAGUCACAGUGUGUACUCUCUGUUUAGGGCCAAAUAGCAUUCUAGUUUGCUCUGUUUUUUUGUUAAUUCUUUCCAAUGUGUUAAGUAAUUAACUUUUUGUUUUCUCAUGAUUUGGUUGGGUCUAAUUGUGCUGCUGUCCUCGGGCUCUGUGGGGUGUGUUUGUGUUUGUGAACAGAGCCCCAGCACCAGCUUGCUUAGGGGACUCUUCUCCAGGUUCAUCUCUCUGUAGGUGAUGGCUUUGUUAUGGAAGGUUUGGGAAUCGCUUCCAUUUAGGUGGUUGUAGAAUUUAACAGCUCUUUUCUGGAUUUUGAUAAUUAGUAGGUAUAGGCCUAAUUCUGCUCUGCAUGCAUUAUUUGGUGUUCUACUGUAGGCCCUCCUUGGUUGGUGACAGAAGCAUCAGAUCAUCAGCAAACAGUAGACAUUUGACUUCAGAUUCUAGCAGAGUGAGGCCAGGUGCUGCAGACUUUUCUGGUGCCCGCGCCAAUUCGUUGAUAUAUAUGUUGAAGAGGGUGGGGCUUAAGCUGCAUCCCUGUCUCCCCCCACGACCCUGUGUGAAGAAAUGUUUUUUGCCAAUUUUAACCGCACACUUGUUGUUUGUGUAAAUGGAUUUUAUUAUAAUGUCGUAUGUUUUACCCCCAACACCACUUUCCAUCAAUUUGUAUAGCAGACCCUCAUGAGACCCUCUCUCUCUCUCGGUCUCUCUCGGUCUCUCUCGGUCUCUCUCUGUCUCUCGGUCUCUCUCGGUCUCUCUCUGUCUCUCGGUCUCUCUCGGUCUCUCUCUGUCUCUCGGUCUCUCUCUGUCUCUCGGUCUCUCUCUGUCUCUCUCCCUCUCUGUCUCUCUCCCUCUCUCUCCCUCUCUGUCUCUCUGUCUCUCUCUGUCUCACUCGGUCUCGCUCUCUCUCUCUCUUGGUCUCUCUCUCUCUGUCUCCCUCUCUGUAUCUCUAGGUCUCUGUCUGUCUCGCUCUCUAUCUGGGUCUCUCUGAGUCUCUCUGAGUCUCUCUCGAUCUCUCUCGAUCUCUCUCGGUCUCUCUCGGUCUCUCUCGGUCUCUCUCUGUCUGUCUCUGUUUGUCUCUGUCUCUGUCUGUCUCUGUCUGUCUCUCUCUCUGUCUCUCGGUCUCUCUUUCUGUCUCUCGGUCUCUUUGUGUCUCGGUCUCUGUCUCUCUCUCUGUCUCUCUCUCUGUCUGUCUGUCUCUCUCUCUCUCUCUCUGACUCUCUCUCUCUGACUCUCUCUCUGUCUCUCUCUCUGUCUCUCUCUCUCUCUCUGUCUCUCUCUUUCUUUCUCUCAGUCUCUCUCUGGAGUGGCUUUGUAAGAAGCAUUUCAAGGUCCUGGAGUGGCCUAGCCAGUCUCCAGAUCUCAACCCCAUAGAAAAUAUUUGGAGGGAGUUGAAAGUCCGUGUUGCCCAGCAACAGCCCCAAAACAUCACUGCUCGAGAGGAGAUUUGCAUGGAGGAAUGGGCCUAAAUACCAGCAACAUUGUGUGAAAACCUUGUGAAGACUUUGUGAACGUUUGACCUUUGUUGGUAAUGACAAAGUAUUGAGAUAAACUUUUGUUAUUGACCAAAUACUUAUUUUCCACCAUAAUUUGCAAAUAAAUUCAUAA